UGUGUUUCAGUUGUCUGAUAUAGAUGACGAUGAUGGAGGAGCAGAAGGGUAAUCAAUCAACUUUGGUGAAUCAAAAACUAUCGCCACCAAAUUCAUAUGGCUCCAUCGUUCUCGGUGGCACCUUUGACCGCUUGCACGACGGCCACCGCCUCUUCCUCAAAUCUGCAGUGAAGCUGGCCAGGGAUCGAAUUGUGGUGGGUGUUUGUGAUGUUCCCAUGUUAGCCAAAAAACAGUUUGUUGAAUUGAUACAACCCAUUGAGGAAAGGAUGAUUAAUGUUGAGAAUUACAUCAAGUCUAUGAAGCCAAAGCUGGUGGUGCAGGUUGAACCUAUUACAGAUCCCUAUGGACCUUCGAUCAUUGAUGCAAAUUUGGAGGCCAUUGUUGUCAGCAAGGAGACAUUACCUGGUGGAGUAUCAGUUAAUAAUAAAAGAGUUGACAGAGGCCUUUCACAGUUAAAGAUUGAAGUUGUAGAUCUAGUUUCUGAAGAAUCUAGUGGAGGCAAGUUGAGUUCAACAACAUUAAGGAAGCUUGAGGCUGAGAAGGCCAAAAACCAACUUUUUCAUUUUCUAUUCUUGAUUGUUUUGCAGGAGGAAAUUUUUUUUUUGUUUUUUUGUUUUGGCAAAAAUCUUGCAAAGAUGAAUGAUCUAAUGACAAAGUCGUUCUUAAGUUAUGUGGAACUGAAGAAACAGACAGAAAAAGACCUAGAGGCUGAUCUUGAUAUGGAAAAAGGCCAGGGCCAACUCAACCCCACAGAUGAAAAGAACCUCUCUCAGUUCUUCCAAGAAGUGGCAUCAAUCAAGAUCACAAUGGAAGAGAUUACCAAUCUCGUGUUUGAUCUUCAAACCCUUAAUGAAGAUAUUAAGUCCACUCACAGCGCCAAAGUUCUUCGGGGGUUAAGAGAUAGGAUGGAAUCAGACACGGUUUCCAUUCUAAGAAAAGCAAGGAUUGUCAAGGCAAGGCUUGAAUCACUCGACAGAUACAAUGCAACCAAUAGGAGAUUAUCAGAAGCGUAUAAACAAGGGACAUGUGUUGAUCGAACCAGGAUAUCAAUAACCAAUGGUUUGAGGGUUAAGCUUAGGGAAAUGAUGAAUGAAUUUCAGGCCUUGAGGGAAAAGAUUUUAUUAGAUCAUAAAGAAGAUCUCAAGAGAAGAUAUUAUAAUGCCACUGGAGAGUUACCGAGUGAAGACGUGCUUGAAAAGGCGAUUUCAGGCGUUGAAAACGUUCAGUUAUUUGCAGAGAAAGUGGAAAUGGAUUUGAGGAGCAAGGAAAGGCAUAAGGCCGUGAUGGAUAUUCAGCGAAGUUUGCAAAGGCUGCAUCAGGUGUUUCUUGACAUGGCUGUUCUUGUUGAGGCACAAGGGGAAAAAAUGGAUGAUAUUGAAGAAAAUGUGGCCAAUGCAGGGAAUUAUAUCAAUGGUGGAACCAACAGCCUUUACUAUGCAAAUCAAAUGAAGAAGAAGAAGAAGGCAUGGCUUUAUUGGGUUUGGGCUGUUGCUCUGAUUGUACUUCUAGUUUGCAUCAUUUCGAUGCUAUCUUCUUGAGAAGCACAAGUUCAGGCAACAUUUUGGGCUCUUUAAAGUAGCUUGUUGCUGUUAAGUGGUUCUAGAUCUGUAAAUCUGUGCAUCUGAUUGUCUUCUGAUCAAACUCUUUUUAACUCUUUUUCUCAUUUCAUAAAGUGACUGAUACAACAUUUUGAUUCUGUCGUCUGACAUUAACGUCUAUGGACAUUGGACUUGCUUGGUUGAGAUGGUAUCAAAUUUGGAGAAUGCUCCUAUUUGUUAUCCAUUGCUGGCUGUGUCUGUUUUCCUUCUGGCUUUGGCUUUUCUAAAUUCAUCACUCUCCUGUAAUAAUACGUACCUAACGAGGGACCAGAAUUGGUUUAUUUGGUGGUUUCAACAUUGUGAAUAAACUUUUCUGUGCUAUAAUUUCA